GGCUACGCAGAGAGCCGGUCGAUUGUUUCGUGUCGGACGCUUUUAGCAGCUGCACGCGCAUGCGCACCCGCGCUCCUGUCAGGAGGGGAAGGAAAAAUGGCGACGGGGUUCGUGUUAAACCGCGGCGUGUUCACGCUGGGGAUUCACAGCCAGCGGCUGUGCAGAAGCGUCCCGCUUUUCCAGGUCAGAGAGAAGAAACGGUGGAUGAAGGCGUACACGUUUCUGAUGGCGAAGAAGCUGAAGCUUGAAGGGCCUCCACCCCCGAAGCCCCGGUGGCAGCAGCCUAAUUGGGAUUACCACGCUGAAGUCCAGGCCUUCAGCACCCGCCUGCAGGAGAACUUCUCCCCGGAGCUCCUGAAGACGGCCUUCAUAAACCCUUGUUAUCUGCGUGCGGAGCAGGAGAGGAGACAGCAGCUGGGAGUGGACUCUGAGAGCACAGCUCUGUCCCUGAAGGACAACGUUCAGCUGCGGAACAGCGGAGAGCUUUUCACCCAAAGCUUCCUGACUGACUGGUGCAGGGCUAACUUCCCGAGCCUCCCGGAUGCGGGAGUGGAGAGCGUCGUGGGGAACCUCACCAGUGCGGCCGUGGUGUCUCACGUGGCUCGAAACCUGGGUGUUGAAGACCUGAGCAUGACUGCAGACUUCCCCGUUCCCGAUGAGGUUCUCCGCUCCACGUUCAUGGCUGUGAUUGGAGCUCUGAAGGAAAGCAGUGGAGCAGAGCGGACUGGGUUUUUUCUCAGGGAUUUCCUGACGACUCAGCUGAUAGGAAAAGACCUGUUUGAUUUGUGGAGUGUGGUGGACCCCAUGGGGCUGCUGGUGGAGGAGCUGACAAAGAGGAAGAAAUCUCUGCCAGAACCUCGCCUCAUCAGGGCUGCUGGAGCCAGCACUGUCCUGCCUCUGUACUUUGUCGGCUUAUACAGUGACCAGAAGCUCAUCGCUCAGGGUCCCGGAGAGACUCUUGUUGGCGCAGAGGAAGAAGCAGCUCGAGUGGCUCUCCGCAAACUUUAUGGCUUCACUGAGAAUCGCAGGCCCUUCGAUUUCUCCCCACAACAACAGCUUCAGCAGCCGCUACUGCAGUCUGUCAGUCAGUAACAGAGAGAAAACACCAACAAUGCCUCACCACUGAACUUUAUAAAGCAAGACCGGACGACAGGCUGAAGAGUUACUGUAAAUACGAUUCAUGUCAUUCAGAUUAAGGAGAAAAAAAGGCCUAUUUUAUCUAACUUUUAUUUAGAUAAGCCAAGGUCACAAAAAGUUUAUUGAAGGGCAAACUGAACUGUAACAGUCCCUAUGUCUUGUUAUCCUCUUGUAAAUAUUGCAGAUGACAUUGGGUUUACUUUGGUUUUAAGUGGCACCUUUAAUAAAAAAAUAUUUGGCAAAGUAAAAGUACA